CACUCAGUCACUUUCUCUCUAAAAAUGGAUUCGAAGAGUUUUCUGCUACUACUACUACUCUUCUGCUUCUUGUUCCUUCAUGAUGCUUCUGGUCUCACUCUCUCUUUCACUCCUCUAUAUGUCUAUAACUCAUGUAAAUGGAUUCUUAUAAGUCUCAACAUAACUUUUUUUUGUUAUUUACUAUUUCACCAGAUCUCACUCAAGCUCAUGCUCACGUUCAAGGACUUUCCAACCGCAAGGUUAUCUUCAACUUGUACUCAUUAAGGCCUCUCAAUAUUCAUGUGUUAUGUUCAUGUAGAUGUCCGGUCCAGUUCAACAACUGUUUCAUUGCUUUAGUUGUCACGAGAAAUAUUUGUAUAUAUUAUUAUGGUGUGCAAAACAUAGUAAAAUGUUGUUCAAUUGGCAGAUGAUGAUGAUGAAAAUGGAAAGUGAAUGGGUUGGAGCAAAUGGAGAAGCAGAGAAGGCAAAGACGAAGGGUUUAGGACUACAUGAAGAGUUAAGGACUGUUCCUUCGGGACCUGACCCGUUGCACCAUCAUGUGAACCCACCAAGACAGCCAAGAAACAACUUUCAGCUCCCUUGACCUAAUCUCUUGUUGCUUUAAAUUAUUUCAUAUUGUAAAUUACUUUCUGCUUUAUCGGUUUUACCAUUUCGGGAGUCUUUUUUGUGUGCAAUCUGUUUCGUUUGGUAAGCUUGUAGUUUCAUGAAAGUGAAUGUAAGAUAUGCAUUACGUUUGUUGCUGAAGUGAAUGUAAGAUACGCACUAUUAUAUCUCAUGAUUUUC